CGAGUACUGAAUUCCGCAGACCUCGUGAAAAAAAGCGUGCGAUAAGGUACCACAGCCACGCCGGGCUGAUGACGGCUGGACAAUCCACUGACAACUGACGGGUCUUGGCCAUUGUGUAUGCAAGCGUGUGUGGCCCGGUGGAAGACAGAGAGGGGUGUUCCGAAACACUAACGUGGAGGUGGCUGUGAUUAAUGGCAUAUCCACAGCGGAAACAUUUCCGUGAAGUGACUCCUUUCUAUAUAAGAAAUUGAAAUAGCAGACAUUGCACUUGUUCAAGAGUGGCAUUUGAAGAGUCGCAGAAUACAAGGUAAAUUCUGCUCACACUAGCAGACACAAAGACAAUGACGGUUUUUGAAGGGAUUGAGUCCUACCAAGAGGGCAGUCCAGAAGUUACUGGUAUCUACAACGGAACAGUAAUCAAAUUCUCCAAGGUGGCGCUGCCCGGUGGCAGGGUAGUUAGAGGUGUUGACUUCCCUGUGGCCUUGAAGCUAACGUUCACGGACUUGGAAGGUAACUGCGUAAAGGAGGACGAUAAGAGCCUUUACAGCAGCAUUGGCAAGUUUGUGUACGAACUUUCUUCUCAACAUGACUACUUCAAAAAGCUAGUUCGGAAACACGGUGCUUUAGCCAUCAAGGGACUAGGCUCAACAAAUCCUGAAAAUUUUGCAACGUUUGUGGACCAAUUGGCCAAAGGAUCAGAAUUGGUUCAGUACGAGCAGAACGGCGUUGCUCAUCCAAGACAGAAUAUUGCGAAAAACGUCACCACUGUUAACAAAUCGACUGGUUUCAAAAGGUUGUACGCCCACCAAGAGUUUUCUAGAUUCAAGCAGUACCCAUCCAUCCUAACCUUUUUCGCUAAGGUACCUGCGGAAAAUGGGGGAAAUGAGACCCUAACCCAUGGCGGGGAACUGUUUGACAAGGUAAACGAAAAAUAUCCCGAGUUUGUCAGAAAAACGUUGGAAAAAGGCAUAUAUUUAACCCAGACCUGGCCUUACGAAAAAGACCUAGGCGACGGAUUGACAUACUCGUGGAAGGCAACACAUUCUUUCGGUAAACUCAUUGAAGAUGGGGACGACCUAGAGACGCAAAAGGCAAAAGCUGCCAAAGUCUGCACAGAGAAAGUUGUGGAAGAUUUUGAGUGGACCUCAGACAAUGGGUUGAAGUUAAACGAACAUACUCAGCCAAUGCGUAUUCAUCCUUACACAAAAAAGCCUGUUUUGUUCAGUUCUUUGCCAACCUACCACCAGAAAUAUAAACACGAAUUGAAACACGCCUCUGAUCCAAGUUCUGUUGAUCCUCCGAUCACCUAUGAUGAUGGUGAAGAGAUUCCAAUGAAAUAUUUGGACUAUAUGCUAGACCAGUCGAUAGAGUUGUGCUUCGAGUAUAAAUUUGAGCCAGGAGAUAUUGUCUUUGUGGAUAAUUACCAAACAUACCACGGUAGAACUGCUUAUGGUAGCCAGACCAGAGAAGUCUUGGCUAGCUUUUGGGAUGAUGUUGAAAAAAAUAAGUUAUUACCUCCAAUUCUGCAGUUAUAGCCAGUGUGUAACAUCUUUUUGUUCAAUCCUUUACCUCUGGAAACCGCUAAUAAAGUAGACUUUUUUGAUUAGUGAAGGUAAAUCAUUUUUUUUAAUAAGUUAUAUAUAGAUACAAAUGAGAGAUC